AGAGUCAUGCCAAGAGGGGCAUUCGCAGGCUCAAGCAAAGGGAAGAGGAGGAUGAUGGGCCAUUCUGCUCAGGGUCUCCCACCAGCACCAAGAGUCUGUCACCACGGAGACUGCAGAAGAGGAGACAUCAUUAUUAUGCAAAGUCUUCCAUGGGAUGUCCUGACUUUGCCAUCGAUGACGAUGAACUGGACACCGCCAGCAAGAUCUCGUCUGAGGACAGUGGGGAGAUACCGUCCUACACUGAGGACAGUGACGACUCCUAUUCGCUGGAGCUAGACACAGACUCCUCCCACACGGGCCAGAUGAACCUAUUAGAGGAGAUCCUUGACUCUCUGAGCACCACCAGCACAGAGCAUGGCAAACUCAGCGCUGCCAAGAGCCUGGACUUCUUCAGAUCUAUGGACGACAUCGACUAUAAGGCUCCGAACAAGUCCAACCCCCACAGUGAGAGUAAUCUGCCCCAGAUGUGUACCAGUGGCAGCAGGGUGGGGGGAGUAGGUGGGGGAGGGGAACAGGGAGGAAGCUGGCAGGAUGACAGUGCCCUCCACGGGAAGCACCUGCCCCCCUCCCCACGUAGACAGCCCAGCAAGAGCAGCCUCAAGAAGACAAAGCAAAACCCCUUGACAGCCUCUCCACCGGCCACAGAUGCAGUCCCAGCCAAGGACAACAAGGUCCCCAAUCUCCUGCCCAAGAUCCAGGCCCCUCAGACCAAGACCCAGCCCCUUCAUGCCAAGCCCCCGAUCUGUCUCUCUCAGCCCCGUCCAGAGGAGCCUUCGCUCCCAACACCUCCAUCACCACACCUGGGAGACCAAAACCCCUCAUCCAGCCGCUCUCCUGCACCAACCCGUGCAUCCACACACAAUCCUCCACCGGCAACACACACCCCUCCACACACCUCAAUGAUGACCCGUGUUAGAGUCUCCACAGACCCCCAGCCUGAGUCUGAGACCAAACCCCAGACCACAUCCAGCAUCCUGCGGGGGAAUGUGCUGUCCAAGGAGACGGUGAGGCAGGACCAGGCCCUCCAGAGGCAGGGCAGUCAGGACAAAGAGAGGCAGGGUGUGAAGGCCAGGCAGCCCUCUGUGCUGGUCCCCUGGGAGAGAGGGAGGCCAGAGGAGGGGGGACAGGGAGAGGACCAGGGCCUAGGGCUGGGGUUGGGGAAGGAACAGGGCAGGGUCUCUGGGGCAGAGGUCCAGGAGAAAGGCCUUCUAGAGGAGAUAGAGUCCAUGUGUCAUCUCAGCUCAGCCUUCCAGACCAGCCUACAGCUGUCCCAGGUCCAGUGCCACACCAACAACACACAUAAUAAUACCCACGCCAACAGCCACAGCAAAGCCACCGACAAGUCCUGAGACGAACAGGGGAAGGGGUGCUUGAGGUAGAAGUUGCCCUUAAGAAUCAGACUGCCCUCCCCAAAUCCUAACCUUAACCCCUGAGUGGAAAAUGUUUACAAAAAGAUCAGUGUGUUUUAACAGAGAACAAAUUCAUUUUUCCUUCGAUCUGAAAGUAUUGUAAAGACACAAAGUAAACCCCCAUGACCUUGGUAACUCUUCCACUGUACAGUUUCCUAACACAAUGCCUUAAACCAGGGAUGGGCAACCGCGGGACGCCUUUUGUAGGUCUGAGGACCAAUUUCACAAAAAAUAUACAACUUUUUUUAGGAACUCAGUCGGGGUUUCAACUUGCUGUUAAGAGUUAGAAUAAUAGAGUACACAAGGUGCAAUUUCGAAAUUUGAUUGUGCAUCAGUAGUCACUCAAUUAGCCCAUGUCGGCUAAAAUGUUUUAAAUUGGUAAGUUAGUCUAGUGGCCAGCUACCUAAACUUGUAGUAAGCAUGGUCGAAUUACCGACCGGGUUGGGGCCCACUGAUCAUGCCUAUGAUCAUAUUAAAAACUGUUAACAUUUGCCUCCACCCAAUGGCAAAAUGUGUGGAAUUGCAGGAAAUUAGCUGUAAAUUGUCUAAUUGUUCUCUCUGCCCCAUGGCAAAAUGAGUAGAAUU